UCACACUAUGUAUAGCUCUGGAAACAGAGAAGAGGACAUCAAGGGACGAAGGAGACAGGAAAAUAUUUGCCCCUGUAGAUAAAGGACUGUGGAGGGUUGGAAUACCAGAGCAGAGCCGAGAGGACGAGCUGUGUGUUUCUCUUGCAGCCACGACACAUUUAGUUGGUUUUAAAUUAAACAUUUCCACCUUUUAAAAGUGUGGCAGAACAGCAAAGAACAGGGAAAACACCAGAGGAAGAGGCUGAAGAGUUUUUGACCUCCCAUAGGAAGCAAGUUCUUCCUUCAGCUGCAGCAACAGAUCUUUAAUCGCCAGACCUGCAGAGACUGGAGCAGAGGGAGCACAUUGGGGUUACACAGCCCAGCGUGUACAGCAGUACUAUGGGCAAGGAGGACAACAGAUAUGGGUCUCGGAGAGACGGCAAUGACCCUGAAACAGACACUGACACUGGAAGCUUCAGCCAGCACACUGGCAACUCGACUGACGACAACUCACUCCAGCUCGAAUCCCCUUUUCUCGAUGACAAUGCUGUCAGUGCUGACAAUGAUGGAGUGAAGAAGAGUCGUGAAGGAAGGGACUACGACGACGAAGAGGGACACCUGGUCUAUCAUGUUGGUCUUGUGAUGAAAGGAAGAUAUGAGAUAAUACUUACUCUGGGUGAAGGAGCCUUUGGAAAAGUGGUGGAGUGUAUUGAUAGAGACAAACAGGAGCAUGUGGCUGUGAAGAUUGUGAGGAACAUUGAGUGUUUCCGUGAAGUAGCCAAGUCUGAGAUUGCAGUGCUGGAAGAGAUCAACAGCCUGGAUGAUGACAACAGAUUUGCCUGCGUACGGAUGCUGGACUGGUUCGAGCAUGAGGGUCACAUCUGCAUCGUGAUGGAGCUGCUCGGCCUCAGCACCUUCGAGUUCCUCCGACAGAACCACUUCCUGCCGUUCAACGUGGAGCAGAUCAGGCACAUGGCCUUCCAGCUCUUCAGAGCCGUCUGCUUCCUGCAUCGUAACAAGCUGACCCACACAGACCUGAAGCCAGAGAACAUCCUGUUUGUCUGCUCCGACUAUGACCUGGAGUACAACAACGAGACGAAGUCUAAGAAGAAAAAACCAAGGAGUCUGGAUGUGAAGGUGGUGGAUUUUGGCACUGCCACAUUUGAUCAUGAACACCAUGAAUCCCUGGUUUCAACACGCCACUACCGAGCUCCAGAGGUCAUACUGGAUUUGGGCUGGAACCAGUCGUGUGACGUUUGGAGUCUGGGCUGCGUUCUGAUGGAGUUUUACUUGGGACGCACACUCUUCCCGACUCACGACAGUAAAGAACAUCUGGCUAUGAUGGAGAAGACUCUGGGGCCGAUUCCCCCUCAUCUGCUGAAAAAGACCAGAAAGCAGCAUUACGUGCACAAUGAGCGUCUGAACUGGGAUGAGCAGAGCUCCUCUGAUGAUUACAUCAGGGCAAACUGUCAACCUCUCCAGCAGCACAUGCUCAGGUGCAGCGAGGACGAGAGGCAGUUGUUCGACCUGCUCGGCUGCAUGUUGGAGUACGACGUCUACAGACGGAUCACCCUGGAGGAGGCGCUGUGGCACCCGUUCUUUAGCCCGCUGAGGGUGCAGAAGCAGCGCAGCUAACACACACACGCACACACACACACACACACACACACACACACAACAUACAGUAUACCUCAGACUGUAAUGUAACUGUUUGGGUUUGUAGUUCUGCGUUGAUGAGUUGGAUGAUUUUGUGUUUUAUACAGUCACAACAGUUUCAGAGAGCAUUCCUGUCUACUUGAAAUUAUUUUUUUUGAAACAUCCCAUCAUGAUCUAGCAGUCCGCAUGCUAUUGUAAAAAGUCAAGUGUAAUACAGAAUAUUUUCGUGUUUUCCUUCAUUGAUUUUUGUUGGCAGUUUGUUAAUAAAUAUUGUGCAUUUUGUGUCUUUA